UAUGCCUGCUGCAUCUUACACGAAGGACAAUGUCUUCAUUCGAGCUGAGAAGACCUGGAUCGAAGCGCAGAACUUCUGCCGGGUUGAGCACUCGGACCUGGUCAGCAUCCAGUCGCUGGAGGAGAACGCACUUGUCGCCCAGGUUCUCCAGAGCGACAUGCCGGCUUGGAUUGGCCUCUUCAACCGGCACCAGUCCGAAUACAGCUGGAUGUGGGCCAACGGCGACGAGUUCAUCUACUCCAACUGGGACAACUUCUACCCGAUGGACUACGCCACCAUGUCCGUCUGCGUCAUCAUGCUGAACGGCCGCUGGAAGGACGUGCCCUGCGACUUCAAGUUCUCUUUCGUCUGCUACAGGGGUUAACCGGGCUUUUACUCCAAGAAUAGAAAAAGCAUUUGGGACUCUUCAGAAUGACUUGAAGUUUACUGACAAUGGCCUGAGAAGGAAAAUGCUCCCCCUCCACACGCAACAUGCCCCCCCCAACUUCAUGUGACUAUUCUGCUGCCUCAUAUAUUUCAUCCUCCAGCUCUUAAGAAUGGAAUCACCGCCUCUGCACCCAUCACGUUAACAUGUUUUUCCUGAGAGCAGUCCUUAUCCUGCAGUGUUUUUAAUGGAGAAAUCCCCAAUUUUAAAUGAUUCAUCGGUGGUUGGGGGUGGAAGGUGGGCACUUUCUGCAAAGCCUUUUUGUGCGUUUUUUUGUUUGUUUUGCCAGACCCACUCCCCAUUUUAGACAAUAGACUUCUUUUUCUUCUUUUGUGUGGUGUGCACAGCCUAAAGUUGUUGGACAACUUGUUCUAUUUGCUCUUCCGUUUGUGCACGUCGAGUUGAUUGCAUUUAGUCGAAACAGGGCGGACCACGCGAAGAUUGCAAUCUGACAAUAGACAAUAGGUGCAGGAGUAGACCUAUUCGGCCCUUGGAGCCAGCACCGCCAUUCAAUGUGAUCAUCCCCAAUCAGUACCCUGUUCCUGCCUUCUCCCCAUAUCCCCUGACUCCGCUAUCUUUAAGAGCCCUAUCCAGCUCUCUCUUGAAAGCAUCCAGAGAACCGGCCUCCACCGACCUCUGAGGCAGAGAAUUCCACAGACUCACAACUUUCUGCGUGAAAAAGUGUUUCCUCGUCUCCGUUCUAAAUGGCUUACCCCUUAUUCUUAAACUGUGCGUGGCCCCGUCUUUUACCGCGUUCUUUAUGUUUCGCAUUCUCCGGCGUCGCCCCGAUCGCUCCAGGGUUAAACCGUGGCCCCGCUGUCUACAAAAUGCCCAGCCGUGGGCGAAGCGUAAAGGGACCAUUCUUCUGGAGAGCGAACCGUGCGCGUCACACACGUGACCAAACUGUUGUCACACCAAAUGAUACAUUAAAAAAAAUAUGUUGUACGAGACGAAUCUUGUUCGCCGCUUAUUUUUUCCCGCCGACAGAACUGUGACGCGUGCCUGCUGAAGAUAUGAACAUUAUAGCUUUAAAA